AUGGCGGAUGCCUUGGAUGAGGAGCUGCUCGCUCUGGCGGGCGACUCUGAGGAAGAGCAAUCACACACUCCUCAGCAUAAGGAGUCAUCUCCAGCUCCCUCAAACUUUUCGCACUCAUCACACCACGAUCGCGAUCGUUCACCAGAACCCAUGGCUCGCAAAGGCAUUGCCAAAUCCUCUCGCAGCUCUCGGAAAGUCGUGGGGGACGAGGAAGGCGAACUCUCUAGCUCCGAGACCGAAUCGCAUAAAUCCGCACCCAUGUCCGACUCAGAUGAUGAUUCUGAACCAGACGUCUCUGACGCUGAAGACAAGCCCAUUUUUCCUUACGACAAACUUUACUAUUCCGCGAAAGAGAAAGACGAAAUCAUGGCUAUGCCUGAAAUCCAACGUGAGGAGCUGCUCUCCGAGCGCGCUCAACAAGUCGAUCGCCACCAUCAGGACCUCGCACUGCGCCGUCUCCUCAAAGACCGCGAGCGCGAGGAAGCAAAGGCCGCCAAGCGCAAGGCCGGUGCCGCUGGCCUUGAUGACAACCAGCGCAAGAGCUCCCGCCAGAAGACAACCCUCGGUGGUCGCAAGGUCGGAGAAACCUCUGCCGCAAUCGACGCCUACAAGCGUCAGCGUGAGCAGAAGGGCAAGCGCGACCAGGCCCGCCCUACCAGCACUCCCAAGACUCGCCGUCGCUCUUCCGCCUCCAGCGGAUCCGAUGACCCUCCCGCCGAGCUUCGGGACAUUCAACGCGCCCGUGUAGGCCGUUCGAACUUCGCCCAAGUCGUCUACUACCCCCAUUUCGAGGAGCGCAUCACCGGUUGCUACGCUCGGGUCAACAUCGGUAUCAACAAGGAGACUGGCAUGAAUGAAUACCGCCUCUGCCUUAUCACUGGUAUUACGGAGGGAAAGCCCUACGGCAUGGAGUCCGCUAGCGGACGUCCUUUCGUUGUCAAGAAAUACGCCAAGCUGGCCCACGGCAAGGCCGUUCGUGAAUUCCCCUUCAUUGCCUGCUCCGACUCUCCCUUCACUGAAGCCGAGUACAACCGGUAUCGGAAGACCAUGGCAGUGGAGGACUGCAAGAUGGCCACUCAGCUGAAGGUCGCCUCGAAGGUUGCCGACAUCAACCGCCUUAUCAACCACACCUUCACCGAAGAAGAACUUGCCAAGAAACUGCGCCAGCAGGGUGCUCUCAAUUAUCACGCCAAUGAGCUCCUCGAGUAUGACCUUGAGAGAAAGAAGAAGCUCGCGCUCGACGUUGGUGAUAAGGAAGAGGCCGAUCGCGUCCAAAAGGAGAUCGACACCAUUCACAAUCCUAAGCUUUCAUGGGGAACGGCUGGCCUCUUUGCGAAGAAGCAGCCCAAGACGGAGAAUCUCACCGCAGCCGAGCGUCUACAUGAUUACAACAUUCGCAUCCAAAAGCUCAACCACGAGAAUGUUCGCAAGGCCCAGAUCGAGGAGCGCAAGGCCGCUCGCAAGGCCGCGACCGAAGCGGCUCGUGCCAAGAGUACCCCGAAGGUAGAAGAGGAGGUGCCCAAGGUCAAGCUCACGCCUAAAAAGAAGACUGGCUUCAUGAUCACCCACGCACCUACUGCCGACGAUAUCCUCCGUGGCAUGGAUUGGAGUGACAUUGACGUUGAGAUUGAGAUCUAA